CCUGAUUCUUUUCCUUCGCUUCACUAACUGACUAACACUUGCUCUUAUUGUGCUUCAGCUGUGUGCCUGAAACCGCCCCAUCAUCAUCAACACUGCAAAUGAAACGAAACAGAGUACUGGCAUUUAUCAGUACUAGACGACACAGAAAAGCAGACGAGACCAAUUACGCGAGCUCCGAGAGCGAGAGGUGGCGUGUCCUACCCGGCGUACUAUAGCUUAAGCUUCCGGAUCUCCUCUUGAUUCCCUUCACGUUUUCAUUUACUAAGCGGCCAAGCAACAAAUGCGUAUCAAAGCAGACCAAAGCUAAUGCUUCAAGUAAUAAAGAAUUACAAGAACUAUUUUAAGUCUCCAUUGUUAACAGUAGUUUAUAGAUAGAAAUCAAGACUGAGAGGAAUCAGAAUCGCAUAGAGAAUACGUGCUCGUUUGUUUGGAAGAAAGCGGAGUAUGAGGGGGACGGGAGAGAUUCUUGUGGUUCGUUUGUUGGUGCUUGGAGUUCUAGUAACGACGUCGUUGUGUGCCAAUGUGACGUACGACCACAGAGCCUUGAUCAUUGAUGGCAAGCGCCGCGUCUUGAUCUCCGGCUCCAUUCACUACCCCCGCAGCACUCCCGAGAUGUGGCCGGACCUCAUACAGAAAUCCAAGGACGGAGGUUUGGAUGUUAUCGAGACCUACGUUUUCUGGAACGGACAUGAGCCUGUGAGAAAUCAGUACAAUUUCGAGGGAAGAUACGAUCUGGUUAAAUUCGUGAAGUCGGUCGCGGAAGCCGGUCUUUACGUGCAUCUACGUAUUGGCCCUUAUGUCUGCGCAGAAUGGAAUUACGGCGGGUUUCCUCUGUGGUUACAUUUGAUACCUGGAAUUCAGUUUCGGACUGAUAAUGAGCCGUUCAAGGCUGAAAUGCAGCGAUUUACAUCCAAAAUUGUUGAUCUGAUGAAGCAGGAGAAACUGUAUGCAUCCCAAGGAGGACCAAUAAUUUUAUCACAGAUUGAAAAUGAAUAUGGAAACAUUGAUUCUGCAUAUGGAUCUGCUGCGAAAUCCUACAUCAACUGGGCAGCAACCAUGGCAAUUUCUCAGGAUACUGGAGUGCCAUGGGUUAUGUGUCAGCAAGCAAAUGCCCCUGAUCCCAUUAUAAACACUUGCAAUGGAUUCUAUUGUGACCAGUUCACACCAAACUCUAACAAGAAACCCAAAAUGUGGACUGAGAACUGGAGUGGAUGGUUUCUGUCCUUUGGUGGUGCUGUGCCCUACAGACCAGUUGAAGACCUUGCAUUCGCUGUGGCACGUUUUUUCCAACUAGGUGGAACUUUUCAGAACUAUUAUAUGUAUCACGGUGGUACUAACUUUGGCCGGACAACUGGUGGGCCUUUUAUUUCGACAAGUUAUGAUUAUGAUGCUCCCCUUGAUGAGUAUGGACAUCUUAGGCAGCCUAAGUGGGGCCAUUUAAAAGAUCUGCAUAAGGCUAUAAAGCUUUGUGAAGCGGCAUUAGUGGCUACUGAGCCAGCAGUUUCUUCUCUUGGUUCAAACUUGGAGGCAACAGUUUAUAAAACAGGAUCAGGACCAUGUGCAGCUUUUCUUGCUAACAUAGGCACUCAAUCUGAAGCAAUUGUGAAGUUCAAUGGCAAUUCAUACCAUUUACCUGCAUGGUCUGUCAGUAUCUUACCGGACUGCAAGAAUGUUGUGCUUAACACAGCAAAGAUAAACUCAGUGGCUGUUAUUCCAAGCUUUAUCCGUCAGUCUCAGAAAGAUGAUGCUAAUUCAGCUGAGGAAUUUACGUCCGGAUGGAGUUGGAUAAAUGAACCAGUGGGUAUUUCAAAGGAUGAUGCAUUUGUCAAACCAGGAUUGUUGGAGCAAAUAAAUACAACAGCUGAUAAAAGUGAUUAUUUGUGGUAUUCAAUAAGUACCAAUAUCAAGGGUGAUGAACCUUUCCUUGGAGAUGGAUCUCAAACUGUUCUUCAUGUUGAAUCACUUGGCCAUGUCCUUCAUGCUUAUAUUAAUGGGAGGCUAGCAGGAAGUGGCAUAGGCAGCAGUGGAAAUGCCAAGGUUUCUGUGGAGAUCCCCGUCACCCUUGUUCCAGGGAAGAACACGAUUGAUCUCCUGAGUUUAACCGUUGGACUUCAGAAUUAUGGAGCAUUUUUUGACAAAACUGGUGCCGGCAUCACUGGUCCUGUAAAGCUGAAAGACUCAACGAAUGGCAGCGUACCUGUUGAUCUCUCUGCUCAACAGUGGACAUAUCAGAUUGGGCUUAAGGGUGAAGAAUUAGGUCUGUCGAGUGGAACAACUUCUCAGUGGGUAUCAGAAUCCACCUUGCCUAAGAAGCAGUCUCUAAUAUGGUAUAAGACAACGUUUGAUGCUCCUGCUGGCAAUGACCCCGUUGCACUGGACUUCACUGGGAUGAGUAAGGGUGAGGCUUGGGUAAAUGGACAAAGCAUCGGCCGCUAUUGGCCAACCUAUGUCUCUGCCAACAAAGGCUGCACCGACUCUUGUAAUUUCAGGGGAUCUUAUGGUUCAAGCAAAUGCUUGAAAAACUGUGGGAAGCCAUCCCAGCAACUGUACCACGUCCCACGUUCAUGGUUGCAACCAAGUGGAAACAUUCUUGUAUUGUUUGAAGAAAUUGGUGGUGAUCCAACACAGAUUGCUUUCUCGACAAGGCAGACUGGAAGUUUGUGCUCUCAUGUGUCAGAGUCUCACCCUGCACCAGUUGAGACAUGGAAUUCAGACUCAGCAAGGAAAUCAGGACCUAUAUUAUCAUUGGAGUGCCCGAACCCUAAUCAGGUCAUUUCUUCAAUCACGUUUGCUAGUUUUGGAACUCCUGGUGGGACUUGUGGUGGGUUUACCCAUGGCCGGUGCAGCAGUGCGAAGGCUCGUUCCAUUGUUCAGAAGGCUUGUGUUGGAUCAAAGAGUUGUAGCCUCAGCGUAUCUACAGCUAAGUUUGGUGACCCAUGCCAGGGAGUUACAAAGAGUUUAGCAAUAGAAGCAUCCUGUGCGUAAACAGAUUCCUCGGAUCUUGUGAUGGCAUAUGAUGGUUGACCCCGUGCCCGUGUAGGUUUGUCUUUUACCUCACUUGUCAAAGCAAGAUGGACCUGAAUCACUCAAUACAUGAAAAUAAAUAAAGUCAACGCCGCAGCACAAGCUAUGAAAAGGGAAUUAUAGCUUCUCCUUCGAUUAGGGUGAUUGGAAAAGUUCUUACUGAUUUGCUGAUUAAGGUGAAGAAAAUGUUUUAAGUUGCAUUUGCCUUUAUGAAGACUAUAGGCAAUGAUAUGACUGCAUUUGUGAUUCUUUCAGACCCUUAAAGCCUAAAGGAAUCAGGGACUAAACAACUAGAAAAGAACGAUAAAACUAUUUAGCAUAUAAGUUUGAUUAAUCUGGCUUAAAUACAGAAGGAUUGUAGCACGAGGAGAUACUUGGUACUAGUAUAGUCCACAUAUAUUUAUGUUGUAGGUGAUGGGAUUUACAAUAAUAGUGCCUUUCAAAGAUAAUUGGCAAGUUUUCCGAA